AUGGCCCUGCAUCUCCGCCCCGCGACAGAGGUAGACAUCGCCGACAUCGUCGACGUCGCCCUCGCCGCCUUCGACCCCCGCGUCGACGCCGUCACCCGGAACCUCUUCCCCGGCCUGCAAGCCCGCCCCCCCGGCGCCGGCGACCAGCAGCAGGGUCUGAGGCAGUGGAGCGUGGCGCGCAAAUCAUCUCGGCUGCACGUCAAGCGAUCCGUCAUGAUGGUCGCCGUCGACGCGGAAGACGUGGUGGUCGGGUACUCGAUGUGGUUCGCGCCCGCGCGGAACGGUGACGACGACGAGUGCGAGCCGCUGCCGCGGCCCAAGCUGCUGCCCUUUGAGGGCCUGGACGGCGCGGCGCUGGCCCGCUUGCGCCAGGUGAUGGAGGACGACGCGCGGGAAACGUUUGGGGAGCAAGGGUCGGAAAACGUGUGGAACCUCGACUCUCUCGGCGUUCACCCUCGACACCAGCGAAAAGGCGUCGGCAGGCUCCUGCUCGACUGGGGCACGCAGCAGGCAGAGGCCGAGGGCAAAGAUUGUUACUUGGUCGCGACACCGGCCGGUGUCCCACUCUACCGAGCGGCCAACUUCGAGAGCACCAGGACGGUCGACAUAUUCGGGACCCCGCACGUGUCCAUGAUCAAACGGUGUGCAUGACGUCUUGGGUAGAACACGUAGGACGCGCCUGAAUUAUAUAAAAGAGUCAAAGCACUUUCUACUUUGGGCGCUGCCCUUGCACAAAAGGCCUGUUUCGAAGUCCGGUCAACUGCGCGCAGGAAUCGACGGCAGUUGUCAUGCCCGGGGGGCCCCC